CUAUUUCUGCGGGUUUGGUCAAUAACUAUACAGGCUGAGAUGAACUUUUGUGAUUACCAUUACUGAACGUGAGAACAAAGCAAACACGAUUUAGAUUUUGAUACAACAAAGAUAACUUGACCAAAUCCCCCUUUCGAUAACUGUUUUUUCGCAAUUCAACCUUUGAUGGUAACUUUGGAAUCCAGAGAACUGAGAAGUGCUAUCCUCCUUCCCAGCUUCUCGACAUGCCCCGGGGAUUUCUCGUUAAAAGGACGAACCACGGAGGAGCCGCGUCCUACAGGGAGAGAAGAACGUCAGAGGAUGAUCGCCUGGACCUGGAACCGGACAUUAAAAGAUUCGGAUCUCCGGAUUCUGGAUACUGCGCCAGUCCUAUCAAUUUCUCAAAAGAUCUAGAGAAUAACAACUACGAGAAACCGCAGUGCUCUCCCCUGUCAGUGAGUACACAACAACUGUACUUUUCAAAUUUUGAGCAGUUAAGUGUCAAGUCUCCAAAUAACGAGAAAUCGUCUCCUAAACCACUGGAACAAAGCAGCCCCAAUAAGAGAAGAAACGAAAUUAAGAGCAAGUCUAUUAAGAAGCCAAAAGCGGCUCGGAAGAUAAAUUUUGAUGAGGACACGACCUCUCCAGUUUCGGGCUGUAUCAUAAAGCAUGUUUCUCCAGAGGAAGAAGGAACGGUGAUUUACCAUGGUGACAUUGACAGCACGUACAACUUCGUAGAAGCAACCCCAGAGGCCCGUGCUGAGAUCGAGAAAAUCGAGAACAAAAUCGGCGACUACAUCUGCCAAUUGUGCAAAGAAUUUUACGAGGAUGCGUUUCAACUGGCCCAACAUCGAUGUUCCCGCAUCGUCCACGUGGAGUACCGAUGUCCGGAAUGCGGUAAAGUUUUCAACUGUCCGGCCAACCUUGCGUCUCAUAGGAGAUGGCAUAAACCGCGACCUGCGGCAAACAGCAAUAGGCAGAGCGCUCCCGCCAAAAUUCUCCCCUCAAACCAGAAUACUGAAAACAACGGGAACCAAAAUGAGGCAAAAAUUGACAACGCCAUGUUCUUGAUCCCGACCGAUCUCAGCAUUUCCAACGACGAAGGGCAGUAUAAGUGUGAAACAUGUGGAAAGAAAUUUCGCCGACAAGCUUAUUUGAGAAAACAUCGUCAAACCCACAGUGACUCCACGAAAAUCACGCGCAACGACAAUUCAACACGACAAGAAAUUCUGCGUAUCAGCAAUUUGAACGAAUUGUCAAACCGAGAUUCCGUGCGUCGCGAGAUGGUGUCCCCUCUGAAUGCCUUUGAGAGUUUGCAGACGAGAGUUCCGGAUAUGUACGUGUGUAAGCACUGCGAGAGUUCGUUCAGCAGUUCUCCAGGAUUGACCCGACACAUCAACAAAUGCCAUCCAUCCGAGAAUCGACAGGUCAUCCUGCUUCAAAUGCCCUCCACCCUUCCCCGCCAUAUGUAGACAUGAUAGAACGGUGCCUUACACACCGUGUGUGCCUGACUGCCAGAAAAAAAUGUAUAUUUUUAUGAUGAACUUUUUGAUAUGAACGUGCAUAUGUGCCUUUCCCUUCAUAUUUACAUGUGUGAUUGCUUGUCAUUUUAUUUUAGAUAUAUUUUUAUUUUAUUUAUUUCAAGAAGGUAUAUUUUAGGAGUAUUACUAUAUACAAUUUAUUAUUUACAUGAUUAUCAAGUAUUUUAAAUGAACUUAUUAUUAUGUUGUUUUAAUGCAUUAUUUUAUUAUUUACGGUAAUAAUCAUUAUAUUUAUUUCAGAUAUUUUAUUUUUACAAAGAGGAUAUGUGCAAUAGUAUUUUUACGACAGUGCAAUGAUCAAGUGCAAUAUUUAAAUUAUCAAUGUUUUAGUGCGCUGUGAAAAGUGUAAUACUUAAAUUAUCAAUGUUUUAGUGCGCUGUGACAAGUGUAAUAUUUGAAUUAUCUGUUUUAGUGCAAUGAUAUUCCAGGUGCAAUAUAUCUUCAAGUGCAAUAUUACAAUAGAGAUCUAUUUUAUUGAUUCUUAUAUUUUUAUGUCGUACUACAGUGUGAUAAUUAUUUUUUUGUCUAGGCUGGGCAAGUGCAAUCUAACUUAUUCUAUUUAUAUAGUCAUCUAGUGGUAGAAUUUAGUAUUAGUAUUAGUGUUGGUAUUUCUCUUUUGGGUUAAGUUUGGGUUUACCUGAACAUUGAUUAUAUAUAUUUAAAAAAAAACCACCCGAAAUUCUAACAAAGCGUAAUCUUUGUCAAACGAAUACAAAAUCUGUACAUUAACUCGGUUUGUUGCUUUUUGUGUUGUGUCUAUUAUUUACAUUAAUUGUUUUCAUUUUGAAACAUUUCAGAGUUUUAUUUCAUCACAAGGUUUUAAAGUAACUAGAUUAUGUUGUUUAAUUUGUUAUGUUUAUCCUUAUUUAUUUAUUUUUUGCCUUUUAUGCAGAUUCUUUAUCAUUUCAUUUAGAAUUCCGAUUUGUUUGUUUGUUAUUAAUUCCUUGGUUUUAUUAUCUGCAUACAUUGGAGAGAGAGAAAGAGAAAGAAAGAGAGAAAGAGAGAGCGAUAAGUGAAAUGUUUUAUGAAUAACAAAUGCUGUAUUUUCAUUCGCCCAUUGUGACCCUUGUACUUUAUAAGAGAUGCAUUGUUACUUAAUAAAGAUUGAUUUCCGUAA